CCAUAGUUGCUAGAUUGCAGCUGUUAUGCAUAAGUGACCGGUUCUGCAGCUGAGACUGCUGAGACUACUCAGUUCAGGCAAGCAUUUAGUUUGCAGUUCGGUCGUUGGACAUCAAAGAACUGGUGGUUUUACUUCUACCUUUUGUAAAAAGGCUGUAAACAUGUCGAAGGCGGUAGCUGCUGCCAAGGGCAUGGAGUUUGUUGUCAGCAAGGUGGACAAUGUUAUCAACUGGGCUCGCGCGGGUUCAAUUUGGCCCAUGACGUUCGGGUUGGCCUGCUGCGCGGUGGAGAUGAUGCACGCGGGUGCUUCACGUUAUGACCUGGAUCGUUUUGGCAUCAUCUUCCGGCCGUCGCCCCGGCAGUCGGACUGCAUGAUUGUCGCCGGAACUCUUACCAACAAAAUGGCACCAGCGCUGCGCAAGGUGUAUGACCAAAUGCCGGAGCCAAAGUGGGUUGUAUCCAUGGGCAGCUGCGCCAACGGCGGUGGCUACUACCAUUACUCGUACGCUGUGGUCCGUGGCUGUGACCGCGUCGUGCCUGUUGACGUCUACGUUCCCGGCUGCCCCCCAACGGCCGAGGGCCUUCUGUACGGCCUUCUACAGCUGCAGAAGAAGAUUUACCGGUCGAAGACCGCGCAGAUUUGGUACAAGAAGUAAGCUGCUUUAGCGGCGGGACGGUGGCGGCAGCAGCAGCAGCGGCUGGGAGUGUAUUCAGUCGUCGCCUGCGUGUCCUUUCUGUCGGGUGAUUCCCUAACGAGCUUACGUCUCGUGAUGCAGUCGACCCCUGGUCAUCUGUUUGAACCACUUGCCCGAAUGCGCACCACCAUCGGUACAUUCGUUGGAGCAUGUUGUUGGGGGAGUGGGAGGUUAUGUGGCCAUGCCCCAUUACCGGCUCGUUGAAAUGAGCUCGUGUGCCAUCCAUGGGAAGACACCUCGACAAAGGCUUGACAACCAGGGGCAUGUGGUAUGCGUGUAGGCUGGUGUGUGCACGGCUUUGUUUGGUCAUGUAAGAUGUGGGUAGAUAUCCAGCUGUGCGUGUAAAAUUGCGGCGGCAGCAGUGGGUUCCAACGGCUUGCCAUCUGCGCGGUGCAGUGUUGAAAUUGGGUCGAUGGCGGAAUUUCUCUUGUUGCGCUGAAGUGUUUGGUGUGGUGUGUUUGAGCUGGUCUUGCGUUCCCUUCGAAGUGCCAUAUAUGGCAGCUAGCAUAUACAUGUGCUCAUGUUCAUUUGGAUUCGUGCGAAUGAAAGCGUAGCGGUGGCGAUUAUUGUUGGGGUAUGGCAUGACGGAGGUUUUUUUUUGGCAGAUGCUGGUCAUGCGCUACUGUGGUGGGUAUGUUGCGGUUUCUGCCUCGUCUUCUGCCGAAUAGGUUUCUGAAACACGUGUGCAGUGCAGGGGUUCUUGCAACCGUUGUCUCGAUGCCCGUUCCGGCUUGCAAAGGAACACGCUUUCGCGUGGAAGUUUUGUUGUAAAAGUGCUGCCCGGCGGCAGUGCAAUGUAAUCGCCUAGCUCUGGUAUAGAGGUUACCGGGGGACAUGCGAAGUACCGUUGUUACCUCUGUAUAUCCGCUGAGCGAGGAGUGAAACGGUGUGCAUUGGACGAUGCACUUCAUUCGACGCCGUGGAAAAAGAACGGAAGCGAGGAUGGAUCCCAGCCGCUAUGUUUGAAUGGUCGGGUUCCAACCAGAUUGUCAUCCUAUGUCGUCCUAUGUAAUGCUGUUAAUGAG